AUGCACCAACAACCACUACCAACAACUGAAACAGCUCCACCCACAACGACAGCAGGAACAACAACAGCGUCUCCAACCACUGUAGCCCCAACCACAUCAACUGAAGCUCGUACAACAACCACAUCAGCUCCAACCACAACAUCAGCAGCUCCAACCACAACUACUGCAGCACCAACAACCACCACAGCAACUCCAACUUCAUCCACAUCAGCUCCAUCCACAACUAAAGCAGGAACAACAACAACCACAGCUGCUCCAACCACAACAACUGCAGAACCAACAACAACUACAGCAGCAACCACAGCAACUCCAACUACAUCCACAUCAGCUCCAACCACAACCACAUCAGCAGCUCCAAAAACAACUGAAACACCAACUACAACAUCAGCAGCUCCAACUACAUCCACACUCAAGAACACCAACAACAACCCCAGCAGAUUCAACAACAGAAGAAUCAACGACUACAGCAGCUCCGACCACAACAUCACAACUGAAACACCAACUACAACAUCAGCAGCUCCAACCACAACAACAGCUGCUCCAACCACAUCCACAGCAGCCGCAACCACAACUGAAGCACCAACAGCUACAGCAACUCCAGCCACAUCCACAGCAUCUCAAACUACAACCAUAACAUCUCCAACUACAACCAUAGCAUCUCCAACAACAACCACAGCAGCUCCAACAACAACUAGAUCAGCUCCAAUCAUAUCCACAGCGGCUCCCACAACAACUGGAGAACCAACAACAACAGCGUCUCCAACCACUGUAGCCCCAACCACAUCAACUGAAGCUCGUACAACAACAACAUCAGCUCCAACCACAACUACAGCAGGAACAACAACAACCACAGCUGCUCCAACCACAACAACUGCAGAACCAACAACAACUACAGCAGCACCAACAACCACCACAGCAACUCCAACUUCAUCCACAACAGCUCCAUCCACAACUACAGCAGGAACAACAACAACCACAGCUGCUCCAACCACAACAACUGCAGAACCAACAACAACUACAGCAGCACCAACAACCACCAAAGAAACUCCAACUACAUCCACAUCAGCUCCAACAACAACUGAAACAGCUCCACCCACAACUACAGCAGGAACAACAACCACAGCAGCUCCAACCACAUCACCUGAUGCACCAACAACAACUACAGCUUCUCCAACCACAACAUCAGCAGCUCCAACAUCAACUGAAACACCAACAACCACCACAGCAGCUCCAACCACAACAACAACUGCUCCAACCACAUCCACAGCAGCCGCAACCACAACAACUGCAGAACCAACAACAACUACAGCAGCACCAACAACCACCACAGCAACUCCAACUACAACAACAACAGCUCCAACA